AUGCCAAAGGUGCAAAUCCACGAACACACGACAUCCUACCACGCCAUCACGACCAAGUCGCCGCAUGGAUUCCAGUGUCUGAAGAAGCUGUUCCUCGAGUACGACAGUGGGAAUCCCAGUCGGGCGGCUCUCGAGGGGCUUUUGGCGCGAGAUUUUACAGACAACGAAAACGAAUCAGAAAGAAGUAUCGGCCGCGAGGAAGCCAUCGUGAACAUCGUUUCUAGUCGGCAGCGAUGUUCGAGACAUCAGAUCGAUCUCAAGAGGGCCAUUUGUAUCGAGCAUGAUGCAAAAAGGCAGGAGGUGCUGUUUGAGGGGGUCAGGUUUAUGUUGUUUUCUAGCGACAGAGACAAGGAAUUGGAGUUACCUGUUGUGGAGGAUAAAGGCGGGUGGAUCCGAGUACCCUUCUCUGGCCGUAUCGAGGUCCGCGUCAAGGAGAAUAAAUUCUCCAUGAAGGACGCGGUAAUCGAAAUUGUGAGUAGACGGUGGACGAUCGACAACAGUCAGUUGGUGAAGAGAGAGAUCUUGGCUCGGAAGCCGGUAGAACCGGGCUCGGAUACUGGUCCAGUGAGUCCCAUGUCGAAUGCAAGCGGGAGCUUGCAGAUGAGUCAGUCAACAAGUACGCCGCAAAUCGGGCUGCCGGGUGGUAUGAGCGAGUUGCCAGCGGCAUUGUCGGGGUUGGUUAUGACUGACAGUAAGAGUCUACCGCCAUACCCUCAUUCGGCAGCCGGGACGUCGACCGUUUCAGGAAGCUCGAUCGAUGGUGGGGAUAAGAUUCUGAGAACUUGA